UAAUGGGAAAAGGUGCAGCCACAAGAGGUCGCUAUAAAUACGAAUUGUGGCCUGCAAAUAACAAGUUCUUUUGUGGAGGAAAAGUAAUUACCGGCCCUGACUAUAGAAAUACUUUUGCUACUUUGUUAUUGGUCAUCAUUCCAGUAGGACUCUAUUUUGGUAUAAUCAUUGCAUACCUUACUUCCCACUGGAAGGCGGGAGGCUACACUUUCUUAGCACUUACCAUCUUCUUUGCUUGCAUAUCUAUAAUAACUUUGUUAUUAACUGCAACAGAUGACCCUGGAAUUAUUCCUAGACAAUCCGUGGAACCAAGAGACGUUAUUAGAAAUCCUAGAACAGGUUUUCCACUUCCGAAGGAAAUUAUCGUGAAUGGCCACCCUUACUCUUUGAAAUAUUGUGAAACUUGUAGAAUAUGGAGACCAUUGAGAGCUUCCCACUGUUCAACUUGUAACAACUGUGUCGAAAGGUUUGACCAUCACUGUCCUUGGUUAGGAAACUGUAUUGGAAGACGAAACUAUCGAACAUUUUAUAUUUUUAUUUGUUCUACGACCAUUUUAUGCUGUUUAGUCAUUGCGAGUGCAGCUGUCAGUUUGAAAUUGAAAACAGAUGCAUCAUCUCUUCAUCACAGUGAUGCUGAAGCCUUUGGCUUUGCUUUAGCAAGUCCUUUGGUAAUAUCGUUUAUACUUAUCAUUUAUUGUUUUAUAGCUAUGUUAUUUACUGGUGGUCUAUUUAUUUUUCAUACUAUUCUUGUUUUCCGCAAUCGUACUACAGCAGAAACUUUGAAAUACUCAUGGAAGGAAGUGACAACCUUGGAACCUAGAGGCUUGCAUUCCUUUUGUCAUCUCAUUUGUGGAAAGAAACCACCCAGUAAAAUAAAAGUAGGAGUGGAACAUCCUACUAGAGUUACCCCAUUCAAAGUCAUGAUGCGCCGAGAUGAAGAAGAAGAAGAAGAAGAGAAUGGUAGGAAUGAGAUAGAGGAGAAUACCAAUGAUGGACAUUCUCGUGAGUGGAACAAGUUACAUUAUCUUCAACAACAAGAUGAGGAACAACAAAUAUGAUGUUUUUAUGAUUCCUAAGGCAGUGCACUAUUUUGUAAAAAAUUUUCACGAUAGAGAAAAGCAAUAAAGUCCAUUAAGAUCCUUUGCUGUUUCUCCACAUGCUUUUGUACAAACAAGGUAUACAAGUUGGGACGAUAAGAAGGGAGGAAAACUUGGUCACCAAGAGCUGAACUCUGACUUUUUGGUUUCUUUUGCUUUUUGAAGUUUUUGGGUUCUUGUCUAUCAGCCUGGUUUGACGAGGGUGCUUCGGCAGAGUCCGUUGUUUUCUCUUCAUAUACUUUAGCCACUAACUGUAAAGCAUUCCAUUGUUUAUGGUUUGUUUGUUCGAUUUUUUUUGCACUUGGCCACUUUUUUCGUCUUUCUUCAAUAUAGCGGGCAAUUUCUUCCGGACUUUCCUUGUUUGUGUUGUUAUAUGUAGUAGGAGCAACCAUCCUUCUUCUUUUGUUCGUAUUUAUUUCUGGUUUUGUUCGUCUUUUCUUACCCCAAGGUUUCCAUUGACUAUAAUGGUUGACUAGAGGUAUCGAGUUUUGUUCUCGACAGUUGUGCACUUCCGAAGACCAAGGCCUAAUUGGCUUGGGUUGAUGAGAAACUUGAGUAAAGGUUGGUAGCAUAGU